CUUGGCUGGGUCAAUGGAUAGAGGGAAUCACUCAGUGGUGUCUGAGUUUGUGUUUCUGGGACUCACGCACUCUUGGGAAAUCCAGCUCCUGGUUCUGGUGUUCUCCUCUGUGCUCUAUGUGGCAAGUGUGACUGGAAACACCCUCAUUGUGUUUUCUGUGACCUUUGACCCUCACUUACACUCCCCCAUGUACUUCUUGCUGGCCGGUCUCUCCUUCAUUGACUUGGGAGCCUGCUCUGUCACCUCCCCCAAGAUGAUUUGUGAUCUUUUCAGAAAGCGCAAAGUGAUCUCCUUUGGAGGCUGUGUCACUCAGAUCUUCUUCAUCCAUGUCAUAGGUGGUGUGGAGAUGGUGCUGCUCAUGGCCAUGGCCUUUGACAGGUACAUGGCCAUAUGUAAGCCUCUGCAUUACCUGACCAUCAUGAGUUCCCAAGUGUGCAUUUUAUUUCUAGCUGCUGCCUGGGGCCUUGGCAUUAUUCACUCACUAUUCCAGCUGGCCUUUCUGAUUAAUUUACCCUUCUGUGGCCCAAAUGAACUGGACAGCUUUUACUGUGACCUCCCUCGGCUUCUCAGACUGGCCUGUGCAGAUACCUACAAAUUACAGUUCAUGGUCACUGUUAACAGUGGGUUCAUCUGUGUGGGCUCCUUCCUUGUACUUCUCAUCUCCUAUGUCUUCAUCCUGUUCACUGUUUGGAAGCACGCUUCAGGUGGCUCAUCCAAGGCUCUCUCCACCCUCUCAGCUCACAUCACUGUGGUCAUUUUGUUCUUUGGUCCAACUCUGUUUGUUUAUACAUGGCCACACUCCAAUUCACAAAUAGACAAGUUUCUUGCUAUUUGUGAUGCAGUUCUCACUCCUUUUCUGAAUCCAGUCAUCUACACAUUCAGGAAUAAAGAGAUGAAGGCAGCAAUAAAAAGAGUUUGUAAACAGUUACUGAUUUUUAGGAGAAUCUCAUAAAUGCUAUAAUGAAAUCUUCUCAUUAAC